CACAUCGAUCUUCCGAAUAAUAAAUUGUCCAAAUACUAGACUGACCAUAAAUUUGGAAGGCUCGAAUGCAUAUGGAGGCGAAUUCCUACGGGCCUCUGCAAAUUUGGCCCUCGUUUUAGCAGAAUUUGUGGUUUGAUGUGUGACGCGGAAUUCCAACUAUGGGACAAUGCUAAUGAACUGACAUGGCCGCGAAAUUGACGAAUUCAAAUUAUCGAGAAACCGCUGUAGUGUGAUCACAGUAAGCUAAACAUGGACGCCAGUAGAGAGUAGGGUUGCAAAGUGUGGCUAAAACGCCAUGCCAAAGAAGAAAACAUGCGAAGUACCGCUUCCACUAGGUUGGGAAGAAGCGAGAGACUUCGAUGGAAGAAUUUAUUACAUCGAUCACAACACGAAACAAACUUCUUGGGUCGAUCCGCGAGAUAGGUUAACAAAGCCAUUGACUUUUGCUGAUUGCGUUGGAAAUGAAUUACCAUUUGGCUGGGAAGAACUCAAUGAUAAAGUUCUUGGAAGUUACUUUAUUGAUCACAAUACUGGAUCACAACAGCAUGAGGAUCCUAGAGUACAGUGGCGCAAGAGGAGAGAGACCAUGCUUUGUGACUAUUUAGCAGUGGUACAAUCAGACUUGAAGGCAAAGCAACACAUGAAAGAUGUGAAACAAAAGAGACUAGAUGUGGCUUGUGAAGAGGUUGAAGUCCUCAAAGCCGAGAUGGAAGCAGUUUCUGGAGAAGUACAGGCGCGAGAAGAGGGCUAUGAAACGUUGAAGAAAAUUGAUAGGAAGUUGUCUUCCCGUCAAGGUUGCAAGAAGGAGGACGUACAGGGUUUACUGGAGGAAGUAACAAGUACAGAACGAAUAUUGUCUUCAAAGGAGCAAGAAAGAAAUGAAAUUAUUGAGGCAUUGUUGAGACUCAAAGAUAAACUUUCACAGCCUGAAUCUGCGAACAUGGGCAAAGAUGAUUCAGCUGGAGUGGGAAUGAGUGUUGGAUCCCAAUUGGACUUUGGCUCAGAAUCGGCCGUUGAACAUCUCCCCGUGCGGGAUAAACAAGAAUUAAAGGCAGAAUACAAAGAAUCUCUGAAAAAUGAAUCGAAGCUGCAAAGUGAAAUUACUUGUUUGGACGAAAGAAUUACGCAAGCUAUGGCAGACGAUAAUAAUUCGAGGCCAACGCUUCUGCAAGAGAAAGAAACUCUCCUAGAUGAAAUUAGACGCCUAAAAUCUCUUGUCAAAAGCGAGGGAGAAAAGAAAAAGCUGGAGAACGAGAAAGACAAACUGGCUGCUGACCUCAGCCACGCAAGGGAAGUCUCUCAUCGAGUCACGGCUGAUAGAAUUCAACUUCAAGCUGAGAAAUCAAUGUUAGUUCGACAGCUUGCCGAGCAAUCCAAGAUAACAAACCUUCUCAACAUGCGGCUUAGAAAUAUUUCUGGAAGUACUCCCUCCGUCUCUUCGUGUUCAAGCCGCGGUUCCCUUUCCUUGUCCGGAAGCAGAGGAUCUUUAUCCGCCUCCAGCCGAGGCUCCCUGAACUCGCUCAACUAUCCCGAUCUGAAUCAUAGCGGCGACGCGCCUAACCUCCGAGAGCUCCAUCAACGUGUGACGGACUUGCUUCAAGGGAUUUCGCCUCACCCUGCGUGUCAACCGAUCUACGAAGUGCGCACAACGGGUGCAGCCACAAGUUACACGCCGACAUCCGGGAGGGCAAAUCACCACAGCGCUAGCAACUCGUCGCAGGUCUCGCUAUCGUCACGCGACUCGAUUUCGUCUACGCAAUCGCCGCCGAUCUCUCCGAAUACAAGCGAUCUCUCUCCGACGAAUUCACCAGCCACCGUUCGUGUCAUAGCCACAGAGGGAGAGAGUACAUGUCUAGAUGGGACAGAGCUUGACAGGAGCUGUUUUCCCCAGGCCGACGGAAUUCCAGUUCAGCAGCGACUCCGACUAUUAACCGCUGACUCUAAGUCUAACGAAUCGAUUAACAAUUUUCCAUUCACGCCCAUGUCUCCAAUCACGGAAGGUAUUCCGUCGCUUCCGCUGAGACGACGCGAGAUCCAUCUUCCACCAACCGGGACUAGGCCCGUCACCGCAGCUCCUUCUGACGAAUCCGUGGCGGCUGAUAGCGGAGUCUUUGACGCAUCUCAAGAGAACCUAAAAGCUGCUCAAAGAGGGGACUUCGACGAAGACAGUGUGGACACGGCUCAGAUGAAACUUGGACUCUCGUAUGAUGUUGAUCGCGAAGUUCUGAUCGUGUGUAUCGAUCAAGCAAAGGGUUUAAAGGCUCUUGGCAACACCACGCAGAGCAAAGUGUUCGCAAAAGCCGUCUUGUUACCGAGUUCGCCUAGUGAAAGCUGCGUUAUGGAAACGAAGCGUUGUGAUUAUCAAGACAAUCCUGUGUUUGAGGAACAGUUUCAUAUUCCGGUCCCUGAGAGUAAACUGUCAAGUAAAACUCUCCAGGUGAACCUACACGUCAUACCCAGCUUUCAAACAGAAGAUCUUCUGGGUGGCGCACAAAUCAGUCUUGCGGAUUUCAAUAGCCAAGCUCCAGUCAGAUUUCGAUGGUACAACUUACUGAGCUUUGCGUUCUUCCAGUCGGCAGCUGCAAAGUACCAACAUGGCAAGACAAGUACCACGACGCCUGCGAUUGGUUUUCUUUCGAUGGACAACGUUUGUGAGCCAAAGAGAGGCAAUUUACGACCCAACUCAUGGUGCGAGGGCUCAACAUUAAGUCUGGAGUCAGCGGUUGGAUUCGAACGUAUCCCUUACAGAUCAGUGAGUCAAGAGGUACUUAAUCAGGGAGUGGAAAGUCUACCCGUUCGAAAGCGCACCGCUGGAAGGCCGGUAGAAAGAGCGCAGUCUCAAGGCGAUAGUGUCAUCAGCGGAGGCUCUCUACAGGAUAGAGACAGCGACUUCGAUAGAUCGCCUGUAGCUCGCCCCAGACCCCACAUGAUGAAGUCGAAUUAUUCGCGAAAGUUUUCUGAUCCUCAACCGCUGUCGUUUCCAAGCCACGGGGAAUGCGACGAGCUUCAUGGGAUGUCUUUGAGUCGGCUGGUUUGCGACAUAAAUCUCAAUCGCAGUAACUCGGACUGUACCGCGCGGAAAACGGAAGGUAGUCCGUUUGUGAGAAUGUCUGUGGAAAGAACCAGCAUGAGACGGAAAAAGCGUCCAAUGUCAUGGCAAGGAAUACAGCAGUACCAACAGUUUAAUCAUCUUGAUACACGAACGGCUGUCGAUCUUGAGUUUCAGCUGGAGGUUUCUAAAGCUAAACAGCUGCAGGUAAACGAUGACAUUCGAAGAUUGUCACAGCUGAAAAGACGAAUAGAGGAGGCAAUUGACGGGGGAUGCACUGAAAUUCCAAAGUCGCUGGAGGAGAACGAAGAAUUUCAAGCUCUACUCAGAGAUGUAGAUGCCUUCAAAAGCCUUACCGUGCCUGGACAUCGAGGUAGAAGCCCUUACUCGAGAAGAAGCCACAAGGCUUUAAGGGAUAGAGUUAGCCCUUUGCAUAACAAACAAAUCAAGUCGCCUGGGAAUCCAAAUGCUAAUGACACUCACUGGGUAUGAGGAAAGAAGAAACGUUCAAGUUACCUCUGUGUUACCUCUGGUCUCGUUGUCAAAACGAGUCUUGCUGCCUAUGUUACUUGGCUCUUUCUUGUACUGGGCCUCGUUUUGAUAAUGAGGCUAGGAAGAAUAUUGAAUUUAUCUGAACUGAAGUCAUCUUAAUGAAAUUAACGUCAGCAAACGACAGGAGAACCGAGUGAAAGGUGGUGCCUCUUGAUGAAUUUGAAAAAAGUACGCAAAGGCGAGUAAAGAAAGGAAGACUUUACAGCUCUCAGAUACACCCUUGCGCAUAUCGACGGCCAAUUCACUUGGUGAUUAGUUGCAAAUCUCCUUGGUAGUUCUUUUUUUUAGUAUAAAAACUAACGUUUUUUUUUUUUGUCUUGCUUCGCUAUACAAAUGGAUCACCGAUUUUAAAAAAGUAGCCGAAGUGAAAGUUGUCACUGUGAAAGAGGAACAUUCUAAAAGACGACAAAUAGGAGAAACCAUUGUAUUUUUAUAACUUUUAUUACCUCCAAUUGCAACGCGCGUUUUGUAUCAAUUUGUAAAAUAGUAUUCAAACGUCGUUUUUUCUUGACCGCAAAGUUAGCUUUGUACUAUAUGAUUUUAAAUUUGCGUCAGACUGAAGUCUUUUCUGUGUUACCUCUGGUCUCGUUCUCAAAACGAGUCUUGCUGCCUAUGUCAGUUGGUUCUUUUUCUAAGGAAUGGUCCUUUACUAGGCCUCGCUUUCAUAAUAAGGCUAAGAAGAACUCGGUCAAGGGCUAAAACAUUAACCCUUUCGAUUCCAUCAGCACAAAUAAUUAAUUUUCGAAAAAAAAAGGAGUAUAUUUUAGAAUUUCAAAUUAGGAGGAUUCUUUGCCUCUCUCUUGGUGAUAGUCGUGCUGAGAUGACGAAGGUUCCAUGUCGCAGAUGCACAAUAUCUUGUUAAAAAAAAGAUUUAAUUCAAAAUCGUUACUGACAAUAUAUCUUUUCACAGAGUAGCUUUCAAUAUUAUGAAACUCAAAACUAAAACAAAGUAACUAAAGAAAACUUAAAAAAUAAUUAAUGUAACGCCAUAAAAUCACAUAUAUAUAUAUACCCCAACCCGGUAAUUUCUUGAAAAUAAAAUUGUAUACCAACAUCUGUUCAUACAUGGACUGUAAAUAUUUAUUUAUUACCUUCAUACACUUAUCUAUUCCAUUUUUGAAGAAUAAUAUUUUAAUAUAUAAGGCAUUAUAUACUGUGGAGUAACCUCAUUGUAAAAUGACCAGCUAAGGUCGUCUUGUUUGGUAUAUAAAAGCGUUCGUUUCUCUUGUAAACGACAUAGGUAAAUAAAGGAAAAAGCAUUAUUUUACGUAUGA